AUGUCGUCGUCGUCGAUACAGCAGAAACAACGCUACAACUUCAUCGUCCAUGUCUGGAAAUCGUCGAUUAACCCUCUUCUCCAUAACUAUUUCAUCACCAUUAUCCUAUCCAUGGCAGCCUUUCUCGGAUUCAUCUCAAUUAUCUGGAAAUUCCAAUCUUUCAACCCUUUUCAAAACCCUAAUUUUCCCCCCUUUCAAAACCCUAAUUUCACCCCAAUCCCAUGGAUUUCAGCUGAAUUCGGACCAAACUACACAUCAAAUCUUCUCACAAAAUGGUCGUCGAAUCAAUGCAACAAUUCGACAACUGUCGACAUCAAAAUCCCCUCCUUGGAUAAUCAAAACCCUAAUCAAAUCGAAUUAUCCACCGGCCACAUCCACGAAUUCGUCUUCCAGACAUUAGACGAUUCAGGAGAACCAAACCCUAACUGUUCAUCAGGCGAUUACUUCGAAACCGAUCUCUCAGGUCAAAAAUGGAAAUCUCACCCUCCUGUCAAAGAUCUAGGCAAUGGAAAUUACUCUUUUGCCCUCCAAGUCCACCCCGACUUCGCCGGCGACUACAACUUCACCAUCAUCCUCUUGUUCAGAAACUACGACGGCCUGAAAAUCUUCCCGAAAAGAUUCGCUUUCGACAAACUCCUACGUUCGAUUUCGAUCAAAUUCAGAAAAUCCGAAUCACCAAUCCCCAUGAAGAAACUACAACAUUGCAAGAAAUCGGAUUACUCUAAGGACAUCUGGUCGGGGCGAUGGACUAGACAUGGCCGGAAUGACAGCUGUCCAAUCGGCGACGACGGCCGAUUCCGGUGUCUCGAGCUGGACUUCCGUUGCCUCCGGCCGUGGUGCCGCGGGCCGUUGGGGCGGUUGGAGAGCGACGGUUGGGCUUAUUCGGCGCAUUGUUCGUUUAAAUUAUUUACGAGCGAUGAAGCUUGGGAUGCCGUAGCCGGAAGGUGGAUUUUUUGGUGGGGGGACUCGAAUCAUUGUGACACGAUCCGUAAUAUGUUUGAUUUUAUUUUUGACGUGCCGGGGCUCGUUGUGCCGAGGAGGUUCGACGCGAAUGUUACGAAUUGGAGGAAUUCGUCGCAAGUUGUGAGAUUCACCAGCAUUUUUAAUGGGCAUCCAAACGAGACGGGGCAUUGGCAGGGUCUAAACUCAAUGUACAACGCCGAUUACCUCGAGCUCUUGAAAGGGUAUUUUACCGGCGACGUCAUUCCCGACGCCGUGAUUAUGAACUCGGGCCUCCACGACGGGAUCUAUUGGCCGAACAUUCGGAGAUUCGCCGGUGCGGCGGAGUACACAGCGGCGUUUUGGGCAGGGGUGAUCGAAGACGUGGAAAACAGGGGAUUGCGACGGCCGGAGAUUAUUUACCGGACGACGAUCGCGACGGGCGGGCAUGCUCGACGGUUGCCGUUCAAUCCGAACAAAAUGGAGGCAUUCAACGGAGUAAUGUUGGACAAGUUUCGAAAAUACGGGUUGGUCGGGAAGAUCGUCGAUGAUUUCGAUAUAACGUAUCCGUGGCAUUACGACAACCGCGGGAGCGACGGGAUUCACUACGGCCGGGCGCCGGCGAAGAGGAGGUGGAUCGAUGGGAAGAUCGGACACUACUACUUCGUAGAUGUUAUGCUCGGACAUGUCUUGCUCAAUGCAUUGGCUUCGGGUUGAUUAAGGAUUAGUCGGCUUCGGUGUAUCGUACAUUGUCUUGAUGAUCUUAAUGUAAUGUUAUUCUUUUUUUUCUUUUAAUGUGCUAUGCGAAGAGCCGUUAAAUGAACUGAAUUGUUGAUAAA